ACAUAUUCUGAAUUAAAUAACUGAUGUCAUUGUAUAAAUUAGUCGAUACCAUACAUAAGUAAGCUAAAAACUUAUAAUGUCAAAACAUUUGAAAAUUACUUUAGCAUUAGAUAAAAUAAAUCCAACUGGAAGUGUUAAUUAGCAUAUGGCAAUUAUUGCUUAGCACAUAAGCAGGAGGUAUAUGCGUGUGUUUUUAUAAUAUCGAAUAUCUGCAAUAUGUUCCAAAAAAUGGUUCCGUCGUGUAAUUUUGCUAAACGGAUGUAUUCAGCAGCUACAGGAAAAGUGAAAGCACAAAAAUAUGUGCUCACAAAGUAUUUUCAAGGGGAACCAAAGAAAUCUGAUUUUAAAAUUGUCGAAGAGGAACUUCCAGAGUUAAAAGAAGGCGAAGUACUGGCGGAGGCUGAAUAUCUAAGUGUUGAUCCUUACAUGAGGGCUUACAUGAUUGGCUAUAAAUUGCCUACUGAUAUGAUUGGUGGUCAAGUUGCAAAAAUUAUAUCGAGUCGAAACAAUAACUAUGCUGUUGGGAAAUAUAUAGCUGGAUCUUUUGGGUGGCGUACUCAUACUAUUGUAAAACCUGAUGAUUUUAAUACCCCGACGGGUUUCAUACCUGUUACACUUCUACCCGAUUUCGGGUCACACCCCGUGUCACUUGGUUUAGGCAUUCUCGGAAUGCCUGGAAACACAGCUUACUUCGGUGUAAAAGAGAUCUGUAAGCCUAAACCCGGUGAGACGAUUGUAAUUACUGGCGGCGCCGGGGCUGUUGGAUCACACGUGGGGCAAAUUGGCAAAAUCUUAGGUUGCCGCGUUGUUGGCUUUGCGGGAACGGACGAAAAAUGUGAAUAUUUGGAAAAGGAACUUGGCUUUGAUCGGGCUUUCAACUACAAAACUGUAGACGUCAGAGCUGCUCUUAAAGACAGUUGUCCUAAAAAAGUUGACUGCUACUUUGACAACGUCGGCGGUGAAAUCAGUACGACUAUUAUGUCUUUCAUGAACAAAUAUGGAAGAGUCGCUGUUUGUGGUUCCAUUUCGUCAUACAAUGAUAUGAAACUGCCAAAAGUAACAAUUCUGCAACCAGCAAUUGUCUUCAAGGAAUUGAAAGUAGAAGGAUUUCUUGUAAACCGGUGGACUGAUCGGUGGAAUGAAGGAAUCGAAGCUAAUUUGAAAUGGCUUAAUGAAGGAAAAUUAAAAUAUCAAGAGAAAGUGUACCACGGUUUUGAUAACAUGGUGGAUGCUCUCGUUGGUAUGCUGAGAGGAGAGAAUACAGGGAAAGCUGUAGUUAAAGUUAAAUAAUUAAUUUUAAUAAAUAAUUGUUUUGUUGUUUAA